GCCAUGUCAUAUUUUAUUUCAAUAGCAACAAGACAAGCCAGCUUUCUUAGGAGACAGAUAACAGCAAACAAAGACAGAACAAAAGCAUAAAGAGCUCAGGUAAACCUCACUUAAACUAUACCCUGACACCAGGAAAGCUGAGUUAUGAUGAUGAGAAGACUGAAUAGAAGGCAUGCAAGAAAAGAAAGAUUACAUGGAAGUGGGGAGGCUGUGGCCUAACAUGCUCGAGAACAUGGGCCUCAUAUUUCAUCCAGUUCGAGGAUUGAGGUUCAUCUGCACCAUUGUGACAGGACAGAGAAGUUUUUGUGUAAAGAUACAUUCUUUCAUUUUUCUGAACUGAAAUGGUUUUAUCUGUAAAACUGUACUAAAAAAGCUGAUGUUCUAACUAGGAUGAUUAUGACAGAAGAGAUCUUGUUUCGUCUAAGUUUUUGCCAAAAUUUAUAUAUAUUUUUUAUUUUGGCAUAUGCGAUCAUGGACAAGCUAUAUAAUAAGAGGUAAUUCUCUCUUAUCUCAUAAAUCUCAUCUUGUUCAUCUCAGGAUUUGAACCCGAGACCUCGAAACUGAACAAAUUCAAAGGGACAAAACUUGAAGUUGCGAUAAGCUGUCUCCUAGUCAUCAACUAAUAUAUGAGUCCAAGUUAAAGCUUGUAUUAAACAAGAGUUUUAUGAGAUUUGAAAACUCUCUCAAAAUAGAGAUCAUACUUUUUGCCUCAAUAAUCUCCCCAGCUUCAUUCUUCCUCAAUAACAUCCUUCUUUUGGCAUUGAUUUCUUAACCUCUACAUUCUCUUUUCGGUGGCUACCUUUAACCUCUUUUGAUGGAUCCCUUCAAACACUUUCUGAGCACAGAAGGAUGCAGCAGCAGUGAAUCAGGUUGGACAAGGUACUUAGCCUCUCCUAUGCAAGAUGAUUCUGAAUGCAGUGAAAACAAUUAUAGCAACAAUCACAAUAUCAAAGACGAUGUCGAUGAUGGUGAAGGAAAUAGUGAUGAUUCAAUGGUAUCUGAUGCCUCUUCUGCCCCAAGUCAUCAUCAGUACAAACACAAGGAUGGUCCAGGUAGUCAUAGCAAUACUCAUGUAAAGCCUGACAAGAGUGAUUAUACUAGCAAGCAUUAUUCGUCACGCAAGGAGGUGAAGAAAGAAGUGAAAAAGAGUGGUGAAAACAGUGGAAAAUCCAAAAAGAGACUCGAUGGUCAAGCGAAGAAUCGCAAGUAGCCAGGUUGAGAGCCUGAAAACAUGGUAGAAUUCAAUGGAGCUUAUAGACAAUAAGCAAAACAUAUUUUCUUUUCAAGGUUUCUUCCAAGAAUAUAUGAUCACAAUAUGUUGCUUAUUUCUUUCAGUACUUAGAUGCAAUCGUUUUGCAAAGUUUUUAUGAUUCAAACCACAAAUGUUAUAUCUUUGAUAUCAAUUCACAAAGAAGAUUACAAAAUUGUCUCCAUUUAACAUGUUUCGCUAAUGAAUUGAUUCAUUGCAUUUUGACUUCAGUUAUUAGA